AUGCCGGGCGGUCAGGGCCUGCGCCACAGGACGCGCGACCUCUUCCAGAGGGGCUUCCGGCAGAAGGGUUUUAUCCCUCUGUCCACCUACCUGCGCGUCUACAAGGUCGGGGACUAUGUGGACAUCAAGAUGAACGCGGCCGUGCAGAAGGGUAUGGCGUUCAAGUGGUACCACGGCAAGACCGGUGUGGUUUGGAACGUGACCAAGCGCGCUGUCGGUGUGGAGGUCAACAAGACGUUGAACACGCAGCAGCAGCAGCAGCAGCAGCAGCAACGGCAGCAGCGGCAGCAGCAGCAACGGCAGCAGGGGCAGCAGCAGCAGCAAGCAGCAGGAGCAGGAGCAGCUGCAACGGCAGCAUCAACAGUGCGCGGCCGCAUCAUCCGCAAGCGCAUCCACGUGCGCAUUGAGCACAUCCAGCCCAGCCGCUGCCGCGCGGACUUCCUUAAGCGCCGCGAGGACAACGACGCCAUCAAGCACGAGGCCAAGGUCAAGGGAGAGAAGCCCCCGUCUCUGAAGCGCCAGCCCCGGGUGCCCCGCGACGGCUUCACCCUGACCAACGUGUCGAUGGAGACCAUGACGGCCAUCCCCUACGACAUCAUCAAGGAGGGCAUCAUCUAA